CGUUCGCGUCCGGGCUCGGAGCGGCGGCCGGCUCGCCUUCGGUGGCCGCGCAGUCGGCUUUCUCGCAGGGACCCAGGGCGGAUCCGCCGCCUGAGCCGGCCUCACCAUGUUGGUGCUGUUCGAGACGUCGGUGGGCUACGCCAUCUUUAAGGUUCUAAAUGAGAAGAAACUUCAAGAGAUUGAUAGUUUGUGGAAGGAAUUUGAAACCCCAGAGAAAGCUAAUAAAAUAGUAAAGCUAAAACAUUUUGAGAAAUUUCAGGAUACAGCAGAAGCAUUAGCAGCAUUCACAGCUCUGAUGGAGGGAAAAAUCAAUAAACAGCUGAAAAAAGUUCUGAAGAAAAUAGUUAAAGAAGCCCAUGAACCUCUGGCUGUAGCUGAUGCUAAACUGGGAGGGGUCAUAAAGGAAAAGUUGAAUCUCAGUUGUAUCCAUAGUCCUGUUGUCAAUGAACUUAUGAGAGGAAUCCGAUCACAGAUGGAUGGUUUAAUCCCUGGGGUUGAAUCACGCGAAAUGACAGCCAUGUGCCUUGGUUUGGCCCACAGCCUGUCGCGAUACAGAUUGAAAUUUAGUGCUGAUAAAGUAGACACAAUGAUUGUUCAGGCAAUUUCCUUACUAGAUGACUUGGAUAAAGAACUAAACAACUACAUUAUGCGAUGUAGGGAGUGGUAUGGCUGGCACUUUCCUGAAUUAGGAAAAAUUAUUUCAGAUAAUUUGACAUACUGCAAAUGUUUACAGAAAGUAGGCGAUAGGAAGAACUAUGCCUCUGCCACACUUUCUGAAUUUCUACCAGAGGAAGUGGAAGCAGAAGUCAAAGCAGCUGCCGAGAUAUCUAUGGGAACAGAAGUUUCUGAAGAAGAUAUUUGCAACAUUCUACAUCUGUGUACCCAGGUGAUUGAAAUCUCCGAAUAUAGAACACAGUUAUAUGAAUAUCUACAAAAUCGAAUGAUGGCCAUUGCACCUAAUGUCACAGUCAUGGUUGGAGAAUUAGUAGGAGCACGGCUCAUUGCUCAUGCAGGUUCUCUUUUGAAUUUGGCCAAGCAUGCAGCCUCUACUGUUCAGAUUCUUGGAGCUGAAAAAGCACUCUUUAGAGCCCUUAAAUCUAGACGAGAUACUCCUAAAUAUGGUCUAAUUUAUCAUGCUUCACUUGUGGGCCAGACAUCUCCCAAAAACAAAGGAAAGAUUUCUCGAAUGCUGGCAGCUAAAACUGUGUUGGCUAUCCGUUAUGAUGCCUUUGGUGAGGAUUCCAGUUCUGCAAUGGGAGUUGAGAACAGAGCCAAGUUAGAGGCCAGACUGAGAACUUUGGAAGACAGAGGGAUAAGAAAAAUAAGUGGAACAGGAAAGGCAUUAGCAAAAGCAGAAAAGUACGAACACAAAAGUGAAGUGAAGACUUAUGAUCCUUCUGGUGACUCUACACUUCCAACUUACUCUAAAAAGCGCAAAAUAGAAGAAGUAGAUACAGAGGGUGAAACCACUGAAAAGAAAGCCAAAAAGGCCAAGAUUAAAAUUAAAGCUGAAGAAGUGGAAGAAGAGGAAGAGGAAGAAGAAAAAGUAGUAAUUGUUGAAGAGGAGACAUCUGUAAAGAAGAAGAAAAAGAAGGAUAAAAAGAAACACAUUAAAGAAGAGCCAUUAUCUGAGGAAGAGCCAUGUACCAGCACAGCACUUCCUAGUCCGGAGAAGAAGAAGAAAAAGAAAAAAAAGAAAGACAAUUUGGACUAAUGGAAUUUUGUCAUCUGGACACAUCAUGCUUGGAGAUUCAGUUGGGAGCAUGUCAGAAAUGCUCUCCAAAAUAAUCAAGGGCAGGUUGAAUCCAACAGUGAUUACCACAUAGCUUUUCAAACCUUUAUGUGUCUUAACUUCAGCUGUUAACCUUAGAGCAUUUGAUAUACAAAUAAAAGUAUUUUCUUUGUA